CCCCUCUCCCCCCCUCCGCACUCGAAAACCCGCCCCCCAAUAUGUCGUACUUCUUCGCCACGCCGGUCGACAUCGACAUAGUGCUCGAAGACAGCGAUGACCGCCAAGUGGUGGACAUACGGGAGAAGCAGCGCCGCGAGAAGGCGCCGCUGUACAUGGACGGGGAGUCCGUCAAGGGCCAAGUCACCGUGCGCCCCAAGGACGGCAAGCGCCUGGAGCACACCGGCAUCAAGGUCCAGUUCAUCGGCACCAUAGAGAUGUUCUUCGACCGCGGCAACCACUACGAGUUCCUCUCCCUCAACCAGGAGCUCGCCGCCCCCGGCGAGCUGCAGCACCCCCAGACCUUCGACUUCAACUUCAAGAACGUCGAGAAGCAGUACGAGUCCUACAACGGCAUCAACGUCAAGCUGCGCUACUUCGUCCGCGUCACCGUCGCCCGCCGCAUGGCCGACGUCAUCCGCGAGAAGGACCUCUGGGUCUACAGCUACCGCGUGCCCCCCGAGAUGAACUCCUCCAUCAAGAUGGACGUCGGCAUCGAGGACUGCCUACACAUCGAGUUCGAAUACUCAAAGUCCAAGUACCACCUGAAGGACGUCAUAGUCGGCCGUAUAUACUUCCUGCUCGUCCGCCUCAAGAUCAAGCACAUGGAGCUCAGUAUUAUCCGGAGGGAGACUACCGGCGCCGCACCCAACCAGUACAACGAGAGCGAGACCCUCGUGCGCUUCGAGAUAAUGGACGGCUCCCCUUCCCGCGGCGAAACCAUCCCCAUCCGGCUAUUCCUAGGCGGCUUCGACCUAACACCUACCUUCCGGGACGUGAACAAGAAGUUCUCCACGCGGUACUACCUAAGCCUAGUCCUCAUCGACGAGGACGCCCGCCGCUACUUCAAGCAGUCGGAAAUAAUCCUCUACCGACAAGCCCCCGGCGACGCCGUCGAGUCCCAAGGCGUCGUCUCCGUGCCCGAGUCCACCCGCCCCAUGCCCUUAGCCGCCCAAGCGUAGCAUAAAACUAGGUUAGGAGUGUGAUCUUGCUGUUGUUGUUAUUGUUUUACUGCCUAUCAUUACAAUUACGGCUAUUUACAAAGUUAACUUGCCAUGUUGCCGUCACGUUAAACCCUAAUUCUCUGUACAUUCUUAUUAUUACUACUACUACUACUACCUACUCACUCACCCCCCGCGAGGUCGAGCAUUGACGGCACGGCGUUUAAGUGGUCUUUGGUCU